UCCACCUCUCCUUUUGGUAUUAUGCGUGCAUAAAGUCAUGUGCUUCUCUGUCAGCGCAGAUGCCCAGGGCCAAUCCAUGGGUGUAAGUCGGCUGGAUGUGUUUUACAGAAGACUUCUCCUCACCAAGCUUUUCAUCGGUGGAUGGGGGAAGCCUGAAGACCUGAAAAGAAUCUUUGAGUUUCGAAAGAUUGUUGGAGACAGAGAGAAGUGCAAAACACUGGUUCCUGUGGACUAUCCAGUUUACAUCACCAAGACAGAGGAGCUUGCUGACUGUCGCAUCCAUGAUGGUUUCUUCAUCUCUCCACUGGAGCAGCUGGUUCCAGGAAUCCUGCCCCCAGAGGCAGUGAAAGCCAGCCUUAACCUAACCAUCAGUAACCCCAACCUAACCAUCUCUAACCCCAACCUAACCAUCUCUAACCCCAACAUAGCCGUCUCUAACCCUAACAUAGCCAUCUCUAGCCCCAACCUAACCAUCUCUAACCCCAACCUAGCCAUCUCUAACCCUAACAUAACCAUCUUUAACCCCACCCUAACCAUCUCUAACCCCAACCUAACCAUCUCCAACCCCAACAUAGCCGUCUCUAACCCUAACAUAGCCAUCUCUAGCCCCAACCUAACCAUCUUUAACCCCAACCUAACCAUAUCUAACCCUAACAUAACCAUCUUUAGCCCCAACCUAACCAUCUUUAACGCCAACCUAACCAUAUCUAACCCCAACCUAACCACCUCUAACCCCAACCUAACCACCUCUAACCCCAACCUAACCAUCUCUAACCCCAACCUAGCCAUCUCUAACCCUAACAUAACCAUCUUUAGCCCCAACCUAACCAUCUUUAACCCCAACCUGACCAUAUCUAACCCCAACCUAACCACCUCUAACCCCAACUUAACCAUCUCUAACCCCAACCUAAUUUCCUCUGGGAAUGUCUCUGUUGGGUCCAGCUGUUCAUUUGGUCUGUCUGUGUAUCUUUGGCUCCAGGGUGUGCUGAGUAGAGCCGUGAACUGGGCGGAGCUGGAGAAGCAGUAUGCCAUUAAUUCAGUGUACGAGAGGGAAAUCUUCAAGCUGCUGGAGUAUUGCGGGGUGGAUUCAUAUAAAAUGGGAACAGAAGUGCAGAGGAGGUUGGACUCGUUAGGGGAUCUGCUUGACCUUCCUGGAGGUCUCCAGGUAUCAGCGGGUCGGCGCUUUAACGUGGACAUGCAGUGCGCUACAAGUGGCACCACCGAGAAGCAAGGCAGUGGAACAAACACUCCACCAAGACCCCCGAGUGCUCCCAGCGUGGGCCGUGGGAGGAACAUGAACUCUGCCAACUGCUGUCGACCAUCACUGCAGACCGAGUCCAUCAGCUUCAUGAAGGGAGUGAUGGAUGAGUGCACGCACAUGGCCAACUUCUCUGUCCCAGUAGACACCAGUCUGAUCAUCGUGAUCCAGGCCAGAGAGGACGCCUACAUCCCUCGGACAGGAGUCCUCAGUCUGCAGGAGAUCUGGCCCGGAUGUGAAGUCCGUUACCUGAAUGGAGGACACAUCAGUGCCUACCUGUUCAAACAGAACUUCUUCAGGAAGUCCAUCUAUGAUGCAUUCGACCGGUUUUGCCUGAAGUAUCCAAGCUCUCCUUAGCCUCAGGAGGCCGAGGCCAGCGGACCUGAACCAUGGCGGGAAAUGAUGAUCCUACCUGUUUCCUCCUG